AUGGACCACUUCAACCAAACAGCCAACAUCGGCACCCACACCCUCAGCUACGCCCUCCGCGGCCCACCCCGCCAACCCAACACUCCCCUCGUAAUAUUCCUAACCGGAAUCACCAGCAGAAUGGAGCGCCAUUUAGCCCCGCCAUACUUCGUCAUCGGACACUCCUGGGGUGGUAUCCUGGCGCGGGAAUUCCUCGCCGCCCGACCAGACGAUAUCUGCGGCAUGGUGCUCGUAGAUCCAGUCCAGGAGCGUAUGAUGAUGGAAACGUGGCCGGAUCCGAGCAUUGCUGCUGUCACCGAUGGCUUGGAUUACAUGGAUGUCGUUGGGCUGGUGCGCGAUCGUGUGCUGACUGAUGAAGAAUGGGACGAUUUGAUGGCUGAGGAAAAUAGUGAAAAGCACGCGAAACAGGCGGCACUAGAAAUGCCGUUUUUGCAGGUCAGUCGGGGUGUUCUGGCAGAGAAGGAGCAACUUGUUCCUGGGAAGGAUAUCAUGAGGGGAAAGCCGUUGAGUGUGCUGGGAGGAAAUUCGAAGAGGGAUCAUGAGCUGUUGUAUGAGGCUGGUGUGGCCAAGGAGGGAGGUACGAAUGCGCAGCGGGAGAGGUUUAGGGAGUGUCUGGCGAGGUGGGAGAGGUGUGAGGAGGAAUUUCAUCGGGAGUUGUUGAAUUUGUCGAGUCUUGCAAGGUAUUCGGUGACGAAGCGGAGUGGGCAUAAUAUCCAGCUGACAGAGCCGGAAUUGAUUGCCGAUGAGGUUCGUUGGGUUUUGAAGAUGAUUGAUGAAUGA